AUGUUUUUGAAAUCAGUUUUCUUAGUUUACUCGCUCUUGGUAUUGAGAGUCUAUGCCGCAAACAUCAUGGGGUUGUCUCCAUUCAAGAUGUCAGUGAUACAACCUCUAUUAUCGUCUUCCAAAAACUCACAAAUAGAUUGCGAUCAUCAUUCAGUGAAAUCUUCAAAAAGAUGGGAUGUCGUUGAUAUGUUGAAAGCUAUGGCCAAGAUCGAUUCUACCGUGGGAUAUGAAUACGAAGUCAUGCACUGGCUUCGUGAUGUUCUUGAGGAGCAAGGUAUGACUGUUGAAAUGCAAUUAGUCGAAGAUGAACACCAAAGUGUCACUGGACUUGCAAGACACAACAUUUAUGCAUACAUGGGAAAAACCAGAGACACCAGUAUUGUUGUUUCCUCGCAUAUAGACACCAACCCAGAGGGAAACAUUCCAUACCACGAAAUUGGAGAGGAAAUCCACGUUCGCGGUGCCUGUGAUGCCAAGGGGCCAGCUGCUGGCCAAAUCGUCGCCUUUUUCGAGCUUUGGGACGCCAGUAUCAUCAAGGAGGGCGAUGUUUCAUUGUUGUUUGUCAUUGGUGAGGAGUACAAUGGCAUUGGGAUGAAGACUGCUGUUGAAUCUUUAAAUGCCACCUGGAGCAAAGCCGCAAUUUUUGGUGAGCCUACAGAAAACAAAUUGAGUAAAGGUCACAAAGGCAACUUCCGUUUUGAUGUCGAAGCUUGGGGUAAGAAGAGUCAUUCUGGGUACCCUGAGCUUGGAUUCAGUGCCAUCGAGUUUUACUUGCGCAAGGCUAAUACCCUUUUGAAUGCUGAAUUGCCAUAUUCCCCUGUAUUGGGACCAACCACCGUUAACAUUGGAACAAUCCACGGUGGUGUGGCUGCUAACAUUAUUCCAGAUUACGUCAAGGCAGAAAUGUACAUUCGUGUCGCUGACGAUAUUGAAAAGGUGAAGGCUUAUGUGGAAGAGCUUUUCAACACCGAGCAUUCCCAGAUGACCAUUGUUCAAUACUUGAAGCCACAAUAUCUUUCAUUUGACGUCCCUGGGUUUGAGCUCAUUGCUUGUGCUUACGCCACCGAUAUCCCAUACUUUGAAUCGAUCGAUGUGAAAAAGUACCUUUAUGGGCCAGGUAGUAUUAGUGUUGCCCAUACCCAGGCAGAGUUCGUCACUGUCACCGAUUUGUAUGACUCGGUCAUUGGCUAUAAGAAUCUUAUCACUUACAAUCUCUAA